AUGGCGAUGAACGUUCAUCGGCGUAUACUAUUAGUAUGUUUUCCGGGUCAAGGACAUAUAAACCCGACCCUUCAAUUCGCUAAACAUCUUCACCGACAAGGUUUAAAUAUCACUUUCUUAACGGCUUUCUCCGCCCUCAACCGCAUGUCUCCACCGUCUCUUCCUCUCCAAGGCCUAGACUUCGUCGGUUUCUCCACCGACUUCGACUCCACCGCCGCCGUAAACAAAACCUUCGAUUUCAACCAUUACAUGUCUCAAAUCCGCCACCAUGGUUCAAAAAAACUAUCCCAACUUCUAUCCACCGCCAUUGAAGAACUCCGUCCAUUCUCACAAGUAAUCUAUGCAAUUCUCUUACCAUGGGCUGCAAUCGUAGCCCGUGAUUUAAACGUACCGUCAACACUUCUCUGGAUACAACCGGCUGCUAUUUUUAACAUUUAUUAUCAUUACUUCAAUGGGUAUGAAGAUGAAUUUAAGAGGGUUAGUAGAAGUAGUGGAAGUUCGGUUCUUUUACCUGGUCUGCCGGAGCUCUGUAAAGAUGAUCUUCCUUCGUUCACUGUUGCCAAUAAUGGGUAUGGUUUUGUUCUUGAAUUUGUUAGAGAGCAUAUUCAGUUUCUUGAAUCUGAACAAGACCCGUAUCCGAAAAUUCUGAUUAACACCUGUGAGAUACUUGAAUCAGAGGCUCUGAAAGCAAUCACAAGGUUCAAUCUGAUACCAAUUGGUCCGAUGAUACUGUCGGAUAAAUCAUUUGGAGGCGAUAUGUUGAUUGAGAAUUCUAGAGAUUACAUGGAUUGGCUGGAUUCAAAACCGGAGGGAUCGGUUGUGUAUGUUUCAUUUGGAAGCUACUUACCUCUUUCGAUGCAGCAGAUUAAGGAAAUAGGGAAAGGGUUAUUGAUUAGUGGGCGGCCGUUUUUAUGGGUGAUUCGGGAUAAUCAAAAAGAUGAAAGCUUUAUGAGUUGUGACGAUGAAUUUGAGAAGAUGGGGAAGAUUGUUGGUUGGUGUUCACAGAUUGAGGUUUUGUCUCAUAAGUCUGUGGGUUGUUUUGUAAGUCAUUGUGGAUGGAAUUCUUGUUUGGAGAGUUUGGUUUGUGGAGUUCCGAUUGUGGGGUUUCCACAUUGGUCGGAUCAGACGACGAAUGCGAAGAUGAUUAAGGAUUUGUGGAGAGUUGGGGUGAGAGUUGAGAAAGGUGAUGAUGAUGGGAUUGUGAAUGGUGAUGAGUUGAAGACAUGUAUUGAAAUGGUGAUGAAGGAUGGAGAGAAUGAGAUUAGGAAGAAUGCUGAUAAGUGGAGAGUGAUGAUUCAGGAAGCUGGAAAACAUGGAGGAUCAUCGAGUCAUCAAAGAGAUGAUUUUUCAUUUGGAAGCUACUUACCUCUUUCGGGAGCACUAGGGGAUCGCAUUGGGAAGGUGGACGACAUUCUAAAGAUUGACAACCUUGUCCUAACUUGUCGACGCAGAUUCGACCAUAAUUUUUUAUCCGCCACUCUUUCAGCAUUCAUGGCAUUUUCGUCUGACAUAUCGAUAGACCAAUUUGGUAUCCAAACUCUGUUUGAUUCAGCAGUGACGAAAGGUUAUCAUCUUCUAUUCGUUGGAUUCCGUCUGCUUAACGAAAUGCUCUUUCUAGGUCUUUCGAGAAGGGACGCCAUAUAG